UAAAUUGCGCGCGUUCACCAUUUAUCAACUGUGAACACUUGAUACGCUCCAAGUUUAUCACUUUCUUUUUAUUUUCUCCGAUAUUUUUCGACGAGGAAUUAGCCAUGAAAAGAACGAACCCGUUUGCCGACGAGCUUCCCGUCCAAUGUAAGUUUCACGUAGCGCAGAAAGACGUCGACCGAUCUUCGACGAAGCGGAUGGCCGCAGUGCACGCCAAAACUCUGAAGAUGCUGUUCUCUGCGUCGAACCAAGCACAGAACUCCGCUGUUGCCGGCAGAGAUCUUGAACGUGACAGCUGCCUACAGAACCCCACAGCAACGUUGAUUAACGGGCAGUUCCCGAAGUGCUGUUCGUGUUUCAAGCCCUGUCCAGUGAUGACGGCCGCAACGUGCAACUUUUGUGACCGCUCGUCGUGCGACGCAUGCAGCCGGACUUGCGUGGCGUGCGAGAGAAACUUCUGCCCCCUCUGUUCCAUGCUGAGGUACAACCAGUACGGAGAGCAUGCCACCUGUCUCUCCUGCAACAGGAGCUGAGCGAAGGCCUCGGUCGACCACGUGUACAUAUGUAAUAUAGGCAACUUUUGUGCGAAUGCCCAGAUGAACAAUAAAUGUCCCAAAGCAAGCGCGACCACAACACA